AUGUUGUCAGGAACCGCUUUUUCGCGAGAUAGAUCACCGCCAGAACCCGGAAUGGAUUACGUCGAUUACAUCAAGUCCCGCGAAAGACUUGCCGCACUGGAAGCCAACCACAUGCCAGACUUCUGGUCGAUGAAAAACGUGGACCUCCAAAAAGCGAUGAAAGUGCUGAAGUUAGUUGGAAAUGGAAACAAGGCAUUCAUGGUCGACAAGCUGGAGCAUCAUUUCAGAAAGAUGCGCUGGCAACACCAAAAACAGCUUUGGGACCAAGCCCAGAGUUUUAUACGUGAGCGACCGGAGCUCAUGCUCACCAGCAAGGUCAAAAGUGAGCCCUCCAGAAAGUGCUUCAUGGACUUGCCUCCGGAGAUCCGGGACAUGAUCUACGAACUCGCCCUCUUCGACCCUCCUUACAUAACACCAAAUAGCGUCACUGGACGGGGAGCCGGAGACGAUCAUCAUAGCGCUGGAGUUUUGAAGAUCACUGGCAAGAUCACUGGCGACGCUGGUCGAUUCUCCCCUGUUCGUUCUUGGGAUUAUACGCUGAUGCAUCUCGCCGAGCUUCGAGUUGACCGUACCAUUUCAUUAUUGCAUGUUGUUGGCGCGUUGAACAAACAAAUCCGGCAAGAGGUACAGGGGUUCUUCUGGUCCCAUACCAGGGUCCAGCUACAGUUUGGCCAGCCGGGUCCUCUUUUUUUCGGUAUCUGUAAGUUCCUCAGGAAGAUCGGUCCCCUUGGUAGGAGCUCUCUUGCUGGCUUGAACGUAGAUCGAAUAGCUACCGACGAUCAACACCAGAAUUACCGAGCCAUGAUCAAGCUGCUAGGAGAAUGUAAGAAACUGAAAAACCUGACGUUGUAUAUGCCGAUAGGUUCGAUGCUAGGCAGUGCCGACCGGAACGCAAUUAGGGGCUUCUUCCUACGAGAUCAGCCUCUUAACAGUCCCAGUGUGAAAAGUCUUGUGGACGUACUGGGUAAGACGCCAACACUGCGUUCUGUGCAGCUACACAUGAUAUUUUCCAUAAAUGGAAAGUUCCAUUGUUUUGACCACGACGAUAUGUUUGCCAAAUUCGCCUUUUCCGGAGCUCGUGAAGCGCUGCUGGUUCAGGAACUUCGCAAACGUGUCACAGAUUGUCCUCGUCAUCAAGACGCUCGUUUCGAAGUCAUCAGUACCAGGAAAAAGACCCUAGACUAUGAGGAAUGGAAGAAAUUGACUCCCCGAGAUUCAGGUAUAUGGUAA